UCCGCGCUCCCAGGGUGCCCCGCGGCGGCUGAAUGGGGCAGAGCCAAGAUGGCGGCGAGCGCGGCCCCGGCGGGCGGCGGGUCCCUGUUCGAGUGCCCGAGCUGGGCAGGGAAACCACCACCCGGCUUACAUCUGGAUGUAGUCAAAGGAGACAAACUCAUUGAGAAACUCAUCAUUGAUGAGAAGAAAUACUAUCUCUUUGGGAGAAAUCCUGAUCUGUGUGACUUUACCAUUGACCACCAGUCUUGCUCUCGAGUCCAUGCUGCCUUGGUCUAUCACAAACAUCUCAAGAGGGUUUUCCUCAUAGAUCUGAACAGCACACAUGGCACAUUCUUGGGCCACAUCCGUUUGGAAGCUCACAAGCCCCAGCAGAUCCCCAUCGACUCCACGGUUUCCUUCGGCGCCUCCACGCGCGCCUACACCCUGCGAGAGAAGCCCCAGACUCUGCCCUCAGCAGUGAAGGGGGAUGAGAAGAUGGGGGGUGAGGAUGAGGAGCUCAAGGGUUUGCUGGGGCUGCCAGAGGAGGAGACAGAACUGGAUAAUCUGACAGAGUUUAACACAGCCCACAACAAAAGGAUCUCCACACUGACCAUUGAGGAGGGGAACCUGGACAUCCAGAGGCCAAAGCGAAAGCGGAAGAACUCCAGAGUGACGUUCAGUGAUGAUGAUGAAAUCAUCAAUCCAGAGGACGUGGACCCGUCUGUGGGGCGGUUCAGGAACAUGGUACAGACAGCAGUGGUCCCUGUUAAGAAGAAGCGCCUGGAGAACGCGGGCUCGCUGCCCACGGACGAGUCGGCGUCGCGGCGCAUGCAGAGCUUCCCCUACAGCGGGGGGCUCUACGGGGGGCUGCCCCCCACCCACAGCGAGGCCGGCUCGCAGCCCCACAGCGUGCACGGCACCGCGCUCAUCGGGGGGCUGCCCAUGCCCUACCCCAACCUUGCCCCCGAUGUGGACUUGACUCCGGUUGUGCCCUCCACGGUGAACAUGAACCCGGCUCCCAACCCCGCCGUCUUCAACCCCGAAGCUGUGAACGAACCCAAGAAGAAGAAAUACGCCAAGGAGGCGUGGCCGGGCAAGAAGCCGACCCCGUCCCUGCUGAUCUGAGCGGGGCUGAGGGAGGGCAGGAGACACAACUCCAGAAACUUUCCAUGUGCGGUAUCGUCUUUUUAAACUUUCGGUGUCCUAACAGAUGUAAUACCAAG